GAGAGAGAGGGAGGGAGAGCGAAAGAGAGCUGCGCUGCAGUAGCAUCCCACAGCAGACGGAUGAGGACUGCCGGUGUGUUUGUGUGUGUGUGACUGCACUGCUGAAGAGGAGGAGGAGGCAGAGGGUGAGCACGCUCGCACACUUUGCAGGGCCAUAGAGGAGCACACAGCGGCAGCGCUAGUGUUGGCCCACGCCAGGUAAAGUGCCAGUGCCGUCGACCCGCAAACCACUGCUGUAAGAUCUGGACACGCCAACGCCACCGAGACCCCGACUACCAACGCCAUGGCACAAGCGGCCAAACAUCUUCGUAAGAACAAGGAUUUAGAAGCUCUAGCAGAGCAGGAGCGCAAAGAGAAGGAGGAGGAGAGGGCCAAAAAGAGGAGUCGGUCACGGGAUAAAAAGCGCAAGGCCCACGCCGUGCAUCGCUGGCUAAUCGAUCAGGACAGUAGUGUGAGCUCUGAGAUGCCGGAUGGCCAAGGAGUAUGGCACUAUGAUGAUGAAGCAGAUGCUGGCAACAGUUUUCUCCGAGCAGCCCGUUCUGGCAACCUGGACAAGGCCUUGGAACACAUCAAAAAUGGCAUUGAUAUAAAUACAGCCAAUCAGAAUGGGCUCAAUGGGCUUCAUCUGGCCUCAAAAGAAGGCCACGUCAAAAUGGUGCUGGAGCUACUCCAUAAUGGGAUCGUACUGGAAACCACCACGAAGAAAGGGAACACGGCCCUGCACAUCGCAGCCCUGGCAGGGCAGGAGCAGGUGGUCCAAGAGCUGGUUAACUAUGGGGCCAAUGUCAACGCUCAGUCGCAGAAGGGUUUCACUCCACUCUACAUGGCUGCACAAGAAAACCAUCUAGAGGUUGUGAAGUUUCUUCUGGAGAACGGAGCCAAUCAGAGCAUUCCAACUGAGGAUGGAUUCACUCCUCUCGCCGUGGCUCUUCAGCAGGGGCAUGAAAAUGUUGUAGCCCUGCUCAUCAACUAUGGCACCAAAGGAAAGGUCCGCCUCCCUGCGCUGCACAUUGCAGCACGUAACGAUGAUACACGCACAGCCGCAGUGCUUCUGCAGAACGACCCCAAUCCUGAUGUGCUAAGCAAGACUGGAUUCACACCCCUCCACAUUGCUGCGCACUAUGAAAACUUGAACGUAGCUCAACUGCUGCUCAAUAGAGGAGCCAAUGUCAACUUCACCCCAAAGAACGGUAUCACCCCUCUGCACAUUGCAUCCAGACGGGGUAAUGUGAUCAUGGUCCGACUCCUCCUGGACAGAGGGGCUCAGAUUGAUGCCAAGACCAAGGAUGAGCUGACUCCUCUGCACUGUGCAGCAAGAAAUGGCCAUGUUAGGAUUAUAGAAAUCCUGCUGGACCAUGGAGCCCCCAUUAAUGCAAAGACUAAGAAUGGCCUGUCUCCAAUCCACAUGGCAGCGCAGGGCGACCACAUGGACUGCAUCAAACAGCUUCUACAGUACAACGCAGAGAUUGAUGACAUCACACUGGACCACCUCACCCCUCUGCAUGUGGCGGCACACUGCGGUCACCACCGUAUGGCCAAAGUAUUGCUGGACAAAGGGGCCAAACCCAACUCUCGGGCUCUGAACGGCUUUACCCCUUUGCAUAUUGCUUGUAAAAAGAACCACAUGCGUGUGAUGGAUCUCCUGCUCAAACACUCGGCGUCAUUAGAGGCUGUGACUGAGUCCGGCUUAACCCCUUUGCACGUAGCAUCAUUUAUGGGUCAUCUCAACAUUGUGAAGAUCCUGCUGCAGAAAGGCGCUUCUCCCAGUGCUUCUAAUGUGAAAGUGGAAACACCUCUCCAUAUGGCAUCCCGGGCAGGACACUAUGAGGUGGCAGAGUUUUUAUUGCAGAAUGGAGCCCCAGUGGACGCCAAAGCCAAGGAUGACCAGACACCCCUGCACUGUGCAGCUCGGAUGGGCCACAAGGAGCUAGUGAAGCUUCUGCUGGAGCAAAAGGCCAACCCCAACUCCACCACCACAGCAGGACACACACCUCUGCAUAUCGCGGCCCGGGAAGGUCAUGUGCAAACUGUACGGAUCCUCCUGGACAUGGAGGCUCAACAGACUAAGAUGACCAAGAAAGGCUUCACUCCACUCCAUGUGGCCUCCAAGUAUGGGAAGGUGGACGUAGCAGAGCUGCUUCUGGAAAGAGGAGCCAACCCAAAUGCUGCCGGAAAAAAUGGUCUCACUCCGCUGCACGUUGCUGUACAUCACAACAACCUGGAUGUUGUUAACCUUCUUGUUAGCAAAGGAGGAUCACCACACAGUGCAGCCAGGAAUGGCUACACUGCCCUACAUAUAGCAUCCAAGCAGAACCAGGUGGAGGUGGCCAACAGCCUGCUGCAGUAUGGAGCAUCAGCCAAUGCUGAGUCACUACAGGGUGUCACACCUCUCCACCUGGCCUCACAGGAAGGAAGGCCUGACAUGGUGUCCCUGCUCAUCUCCAAACAGGCCAACGUCAACCUCGGCAACAAGAGUGGGUUAACACCCCUCCACCUGGUGGCACAGGAAGGACACGUUGGGAUCGCUGAUAUCUUGGUGAAGCAGGGCGCGUCAGUCUAUGCCGCAACACGGAUGGGCUACACCCCACUCCAUGUAGCUUGUCACUAUGGCAACAUCAAGAUGGUGAAGUUCCUCCUGCAGCAACAGGCCAACGUGAACAGCAAAACAAGGCUUGGUUACACUCCUCUGCAUCAGGCAGCCCAACAGGGACACACGGAUAUUGUGACACUGUUGCUGAAGCAUGGCGCCCAGCCCAAUGAGACCACUACACAUGGCACGUCAGCUCUGGCUAUCGCGAAGAGGUUAGGCUACAUCUCGGUGAUCGACGUCCUAAAACUUGUCACUGAGGAGACAGUUUCCAUGACGACCACAGAGAAACAUCGCAUGAGUUUCCCAGAGACAGUGGAUGAAAUACUGGAUGUGUCUGAGGAUGAAGGAAUUGCACAGCUAACAUUAGCCCCAAACCAUGACAGAGCCUCCACCGUGUUUUACGGAUGGAUCCAGACACUCAGGAUCAUAUCUCCUGUCUUCCGUACAUACAUAGAGCCCAAAAAUUUCAUCACUCCAUACGACGUGUUGUUCAGCAGAGCCAUCAGCUGGGAUAUCAUGUUGUCUAACACUUCUCACAGCUGGUUAACAACCCUGUUCUCUUCUUUCUCUCUUUCUCUGAUGCUGUUUCACCAACCUGACCACGGUCUGUUCGCUCUCUUUGGCAUGUUGUUCUCUGAAGGAGAGGAGCUCUUGGGGACAGAAGGGGCCAGGUACAUGAAGAUGGAUGACAUGAAAGACCAUGAUGACGAUUUCCUCUCCCCCAAGAAAUCACUGGAGUACGAGAGAGGGCUGGGCACAGCAAAUUAUUCGCCAGCCAUUCCACGGAUCCCUCGUGUCUCUCCAGAGCCUGUUAUCCUGAGAGAACAUGAGAUAGAUCAGCAACACACUCCACUUCCACUGCCCAAAGAAUACGACGAGGACUCACUGAUUCCCAGCAGCCCUGCGACUGAGACGUCAGACAAUGUCAGCCCAGUCGCCAGUCCCAUACACACGGGGUUCCUGGUCAGUUUUAUGGUGGAUGCGCGUGGCGGUUCAAUGCGAGGCAGCAGGCAUAAUGGUCUGCGUGUCAUCAUACCUCCGCGGACGUGUGCUGCACCCACCCGCAUUACCUGCCGCCUGGUGAAGCCGCAGAAGCUGACCAGCCCCCCUCCACUGGUGGAGGGAGAGGGGCUGGCCAGCAGAAUCAUUUCCCUGGGUCCUGCAGGGAUGCAGUUUCUGGGACCGGUGAUUGUGGAGAUCCCCCACUUUGCUGCUCUCAGUCGUGGUGACCGGGAGCUCGUAGUGCUGAGGAGCGAGAAUGGCUCGGUCUGGAAAGAACACCGCAACCGUUACGGGGACGAGGUGCUAGAAACAAUCCUCAACGGGAUGGAUGAGGAUUUAGAAAGCCAAGAAGAGCUUGGGAAGAAGCGAAUCCGCCGCAUCAUCUCUACCGACUUCCCCCUUUAUUUUGCCGUUGUGUCACGAGUGCAACAAGAAAGUGACCUGAUUGGCCCGGAAGGAGGCUCCCUGACAAGUAAACUAGUGCCGAUGGUCCAGGCCACGUUUCCCGAGACAGCAGUCACCAAACGAGUCCGUCUGGGGCUGCAGGCUCAGCCAGUUCCAGAUGAGCUGGUUGCAAAGCUUCUCGGUAACCAAGCAAACUUUAGCCCCGUAGUCACGGUGGAGCCUCGGAGGCGCAAGUUUCACCGACCAAUCGGCCUACGUAUUCCCCUGCCUCCAUCUUGGAGGGAGAGCCCUCGAGACUCUGGGGAGGGUGAUACUACCAGUCUGCGUCUUCUCUGCUCUGUCAUAGGUGGUACAGCCCCAGCUCAAUGGGAGGACAUUACUGGCACUACUAAGCUUAUCUAUGCUAGUGAAUGUGCCAGUUUCACAACCAAUGUUUCUGCACGAUUCUGGCUCGCAGACUGUCCUCGGACAGCCGAGGCUGUGUCCUUUGCCAACCUGCUGUACAGGGAGCUGUCGGCCGUACCUUACAUGGCCAAGUUUGUGGUGUUUGCAAAAAUGAAUGAGCUACGCGAGGGCCGUUUGCGCUGCUACUGCAUGACUGAUGACAAGAUGGAUAAAACUCUGGAGCAGCAUGAGAACUUCACAGAGGUGGCUCGCAGCAGGGACAUAGAGGUUAUGGAAGGAAUGCCACUUCACCUGGAGUGUUCAGGGAAUCUUGUUCCAGUGAGGAAGGCCACCCAACAGCCUCGCUGCUUUAGCUUCCAGGCCUUCAGAGAUAAUCGACUUCCUGUCUCUGUUAAGGUGAGGGACAGUAGUAAAGAGCCCACUGGAUUUUUGUCUUUCCUUCGCAAAUCCACCAAGUAUGAAGACAGCCAGCAUGUGCUCUGCAACCUCAACAUCGCUAUGCCUCCAUGUAUCAAGAUUGUUGGGAGUGAAGACCGAAGGCGAACUCUCACCCCGCUGGCUUUAAGAGAAAGAUACAGUGCUCUAAAUGAGCCUGCAAUGGCAUCAAUGAGUGCUAUGGAAAGGACAGAGCUGAAGAUGGCUGUAAUUGCAGAACAGUUGGGACUGAGCUGGGCUGAGUUGGCACGUGAGCUUCAGCUGAGUGUGGAUGACAUUAACAAGAUUCGUGUGGAGAAUCCAAACUCACUGCUGGAGCAGAGCUCCGCACUGCUCAACCUGUGGGCCACUCUCGAGGGCAAGAGGGCAAAGAUGGAGAGUUUGUACACAGCUCUGAAGAGCAUCGACCGCAUGGACAUCAUCAACAUGUUGGAGGGCCAGCCACCUCAGCCUGUGAGACAAGGAUCCCGUGAUCUCAACAGACGUCGACACAGCGAGAGAGACCAUCUGUCCCCUGGUAUGACCAAUGGUUAUGGGCUCCCGCAGGAAGAGCUUCUCUCACCAGCUUCCAUGCAGUACAGCCUGCCCUCCCCGCUGGGUGCUGAGCCUUACUGGCAGGAGGUCUCCAGCCUGGACUGUGCACCUAUUGCCACCACAGAAGAAGACACCCUGAUGGAGAUGUCUGAUGUACAGGUGUGGCCCUCAGGCAACAGCCCUUCCUUGGUGGCUGUGGAGGACUCCUCGCUGGAAUGCAGCAAUGCUGACGAUUCGGAGGGUCUGCUGGGGCUGCCGUAUGGAAGUCUAGGUCGGCCGGCCAGUCAGGCCAGCGCAGCCAGCGGAGGGGGUGGGGUGCUGAGUGGCUCCAUUGAGCUGCCCGAAGACGAUUCAGAGAUGGGCGUUGACUCGCUCAGCACCACCACACCAGCUUCGCUCGGGGGUACCAUCGCUGGGAUCAAUCUUAACGGGCUGAACAAUGGUCAGGGGUCAGAGGCGAGUUCAGAGGCAUCAGCCGUCACAAGCACGACUGGUGGUGAUGGAACUGGAGGAGGAGGAGGAGGCGGGAUGGGCUCAGAGGAAGGGCUUUCUCUUGUUGCAGGACAGCAAAGGGUGUAUGCUCGGUUGAGUGAGUCAACUGGUCUGAGCAGUGCUGCAGAUCGGAAUGGAGACAGGUCAGGCAAUGGGGGAAACGGUGGUGGUGGAGGAUCUUUCCUUUCUUACCUGCAGGAGCAGACAGGCCCGGGAUGGAUCCCUGUCACUGACCCUACUCAGGCUUGGGUGGGCAAUCAGUCUAAACCCAGGCAAACCAUGGAAACCAUGAUGUCAUCAGUGCGUAACGCUGUGGAUGGAGACCCUUCCCGAAUGUCCCAGGAGGCCUUGCUUCAGCCUGUGAGGGACAUGGGGCACUCUGAGAUCUUAAGGGGGCACUUCAGAGGUACCCAACCAUUUGAGAAGGGUUUGGGCUUUCCACACAGGGUACCAGAGCUGAGGGCCUGGGAUGAUGUCCGCCUGAAGGGCCAGGUGAGCACGUUAAACCACCCAUGCAAAUUUAAAGUGGUCACAGUGAGUAGGAUUACUCCUUUUACCAUGUCUGGCAAACAUUUUAGCCUGAACCAAAUUAAUGAACAACCAUUUACUGGGGAUCAAAGUGGGGCAAUGUGGGCCCUAGUUACCGAACUCCUCUUUAGCUUCGUGCUGCUGGCGUUCCUGGUGAUCAGCUGUCAGAAUGUCCUCCACAUAGCCAGUGGCUCGGUGCGGUCGGUGCUCACCUACAUACACACUCAGCUGGACCACGAGCUUGGUGAAAUCGAGGGAGUACCCGACGAAGAGGAGAACGUCACCACCAGAAUCGUCCGCCGUAGAGUCAUUCUUAAGGGUGAUGAGGUUGAAGAUCUUCCUGGGGAGCAAGUGAGCGAGGAACAUUUCACGGAUGAACAUGGAAACAUUGUCACAAAAAAGAUCGUGCGCAAGGUGGUGCGCAGAGGGAAGGGAUCAGGUGAGGAGGGGUUUCAGGAGGUGAGCGUGGAAGGCUCGCUGCAGGACGCCAACGAGCUGGACGCCGAUGCUGAGCAGUUCAUGAGCUACGCCGUCUUGGGUCGGGACAGCAGCAAGCCCGAUACUGUGGAUGUGAAGAAAGGUGCUCAGAUAGUGAAAUGUGCCAGUCUGCGGAGAGUUAAGCAGUGAGGCAGACUGAGUGCUGCGUCCCCGCAGAGUUCUCCGCAGGAUUCAACCCCUUCACCAAAACCAUCCUACAUGAACACAUGACCAGCAGCA